GGGCGGAGCCGCGAUGCCGCGAUGGAGAGCAGCCCGGGCGGGCGCCGGGGCCGGGGCCCGAGCUCCUGGCGGAGCGCAAGCCGGAGCCGGAGCCAGAGCCCGGGCCAGGCCGGGGUCCGGGACCGCAGGGCCGGGCUGCUCGUAGCGGCGGCGACGGAGCCCCCCAGCGGCUGAGGGGCUUCCUCCCGGCGCCUGCCGGUGGCCGGGACAAAGCCAGCCCCCGCAGCCGGGGAGCGCCAAGAUCCCCUCACCACAUCCAGGACCCGACGACAGCUCCAGCACAGAGCGACUCCCCAGCCUGGAAAGCGAGGACCUCGUCCGGAUUUAGAAGACAGAGACCCCCUACGGUACCGCGAAGAUUCCCCCUCUUCGAUCUGGGCCCCCUAAGACCUAGGACGCAGAGACACCCCCCCCGUCCGGGAUAACGGGGAUCCCCCUCCCCAGAUCCCGGUCAGUACAACUCCACACCUCAAGACACGAAGACCCAGUUCAGAACGCCUCUAGCUCAGGGGGGAUCCCAGACCCCCCCCAACUCCAGAAUAGCAAACCCCAAAUCUAGAAUAGCAAGAAAUACCCCUCACCAGCAAGAGGCCUCGAGAACCCCCCACCCCCAGAGCUCCAAGACCGGGCCACUGAGCCCCUCGCGGCCCCCCUCGCAUCCCGGCCCAUGGUUGUGGCGCCCUGUGCCCCCGGGGCCGGGCUGGCGAAGACCGAGACGGCGCCCAGGCCCCCUGCCGCUACGUCCCCGCGGCCCCAGCCCAGGGAGAAGAUGAGUGUGGGCUGCCCAGAGCCCGAGCCGCCCCACUCCCUGCCCUGCUGUGGGCCGGGGGCUACCCCUGGGCUGGGCGCAGGCGUGCCCCUUCUCACUGAAGACAUGCAGGCACUGACCCUCCGCACGCUGGCCGCCAGUGACGUCACCAAGCACUAUGAACUCGUCCGGGAGCUGGGCAAGGGCACCUACGGGAAGGUCGACCUGGUGGCCUACAAGGGCACAGGCACGAAAAUGGCCCUGAAGUUUGUGAACAAGAGCAAAACCAAGCUGAAGAACUUCCUGCGGGAGGUGAGCAUCACCAACAGCCUGUCCUCCAGCCCCUUCAUCAUCAAGGUCUUCGACGUGGUCUUUGAGACCGAGGACUGCUAUGUCUUCGCCCAGGAGUAUGCACCGGCCGGGGACCUGUUUGACAUCAUCCCUCCCCAGGUGGGGCUCCCCGAGGACACGGUGAAGCGCUGCGUGCAGCAGCUGGGCCUGGCGCUGGACUUCAUGCACGGGCGGCAGCUGGUCCACCGCGACAUCAAGCCCGAGAACGUGCUGCUGUUCGACCGCGAGUGCCGCCGCGUGAAGCUGGCCGACUUCGGCAUGACGCGCCGCGUGGGCUGCCGCGUGAAGCGCGUCAGCGGCACCAUCCCGUACACGGCGCCCGAGGUGUGCCAGGCGGGCCGCGCCGACGGCUUCGCCGUGGACACGGGCGUAGACGUGUGGGCCUUCGGCGUGCUCAUCUUCUGCGUCCUCACGGGCAACUUCCCGUGGGAGGCGGCGUCGGGCGCCGACGCCUUCUUCGAGGAGUUCGUGCGCUGGCAGCGGGGCCGCCUGCCGGGGCUGCCGUCGCAGUGGCGCCGCUUCACUGAGCCCGCGCUGCGCAUGUUCCAGCGCCUCCUGGCCCUGGAGCCCGAGCGCCGCGGCCCGGCCAAGGAGGUCUUCCGCUUCCUCAAGCACGAGCUCACGUCGGAGCUGCGGCGCCGGCCCUCGCACCGCGCGCGCAAGCCCGCCGGGGACCGCCUGCCGCCCGCGGGGCCGCUGCGCCUCGAGGCGCCCGGGCCGCUCAAGCGGACCGUGCUGACCGAGAGCGGCAGCGGCGCCCGGCCCGGGCCCCCCGCCGUGGGGCCCGGGCCGGUCCCCAUCCCCGUCCCAGUGCCCGUUCCUGUGCCCGUGCCCGAAGCCGGCCUGGCGCCCCCGGGCCCCCCCGGCAGGACCGACGGCCGCCCGGACAAGAGCAAAGGGCAGGUGGUGUUGGCCACGGCCAUCGAGAUCUGCGUCUGAGCCGCCCUCGGGCCGGGCGCCGGGCGCCGUGCGCGCAGCCGGGCGGGUGCGGGAAGCCGCCCUUGGCCUCCAGGAGCGCGCUCCGGCGGCAGCGGCGGCGAGAAGUCUCGAGCAGCCGCCUCUGCGGCGGGAGGGAAUAGUGGUAGACCAGGCAGGGCCGCCCCGUCCGGAAGGCCGCGCGCCCCGCAGCGGGCUGGGUAGAUAGAUAGUCACCCAAAGACCUCUCGCCCGGCGUGGCGGGGUGGGGACUGGGCCCAGCGGAGCCGACGCCCCAGGCCCGAGGAUUCCCAGGUCUCCUGACAUCAGGAGUAAGGGAGCUUGGGGGCCCCGCCCCCCUGACAGCUCCCUGAACCCUGGAGCCCUGACGAGUUGCUCCAGGCCCAUUGCACCUGCUCUGCGGAUCACCCCACGUCCCGCCAGCGGCCUCGCUCCACUCUACCCCCUCCCCACCCUGGGCACAGAAAGGGACUGAAGCGUUGGGGCCAAGAAGGGGCAGAAGGUUCCCGGGCCACCAGUUGGGACCAGGAUGAUGCGCUGAGGACAGGGUGUGGCUCAGUGCGUCCUGCCCCUUUCCUGGAAGAGAAGGGAAGGAGCUGAGCCCCUUGCAAAAUGUAGCAGAUGUCAAGAUGUUGGCAUUGAUGUGUGUGUGCAGGCACCGGGCUCCGGAAUCUGAUGAAACCCCAAGACUCCAUCCCACCCGUAGUGCGAACACUGAACUCCUGAGCUCUCAUCCUGCCCAUUUCCCCCUAUUGUCCUGACAGCUCCCUGGGACAGGACCCCCAGGCCAGGGUCUCAGCUGCCCCUGCAUUCCUAGAGCUGGGGGGUGAGUGCAGAGCCUCAGGCAGGCUACCCCCACCCCCACCCCCACCCCGCAGCCGCACCUUCCCCAUGCCCUGGGCCUCUCCCAGAGCCACUCGCAUCCUGGCUGCCCUGGCCCAGAUGCAGUAGCUGGGCUCCCAGCAGGGGGUUGGUGCCAGGAAUUUCUCCUGGGUUUCUAGUUGGAGUCAAACCUGUCAACAUCCAAACUGGGGCUGACCCCUCCCUACACCUGCCCAGUGUCAGGUACAGGUGUUUUCAGGAAGUGGGGUGCUGCAUCUGUGGGGGUGAGGAUGUGGGAUGGGGGUGAGUGUGAAUAGGCGUGCAAGCGGUUGCAGCCUGUGCGUGCCAGUGACUGCGCCCCGCCCCGCCCCAGCUUCCUCCCCAGGCAGCUGCCAGGAGGGCCUCCAGGCCUGCGUUUCACCACAGCCCUCAGGGAACCGGGCAAGUUGGUGCAGGCCCCGAGGCAGUCACCCUGAGGAGAGAACCUGACCUCCUCCAGUGCUCCCCCGCAGCCCUGCCCUCCCAGUGGGAGUCCAGGACCCGCAAUAACCUCAACACAGGGGAAGCUGCACCCUCUCCCCCGACCCAUGUCCUGGGCCACUGCUGCCAGGGUCUCCUCUGGGGUUCUGGGGCACUCGAGGGGUUUCCUCGAUGGGCUGGGCUGGCUGGAGGGGGGCAGCCCCCCAUCUCAGGCCUAGAGCCCCCACCCCUCCACUCACCCCUCAUUCCUACCAUGCAAAAGGGCUAUAGGUCCCUCUGCCCUGCCCAGGGCCAGUUUACACAGUGUGCCCACCCCUCUUGAGAACCCCUUGCCCCCCCAGCCAGCAUCGGGGCCCUCUACACGCCAAGUAAGUAGCAAAGACCCAACCCCCCCACUUGCCGUGGGCAAAAUCUCAGAGCAGACCCCCCCAUCACUGCCCCCAGCCCUCCUGGAGCCCCCGGGGCCGCCUCUCCCAGCCGCAACUUCUCCUUUUGCCUUAGGCCUCUCGACAUCCUGAUCUCUCCUGCAAUAACAAGGGAGCGAGAUUCCACAGUAGACCUCCUCGCGUGCGCCCCCCUCUCUGUUCAGGUCCCGUGCGGGAGCUUGCUCCCUCGUCGUAGUUUCUAGGGUGUUAGAGUCGGGAAGCGACCAUAGAUGUGUAGUCCAGCCCCCUCGUUGCCCAGGCGCAGAGAAGGGUGGCGAGCAGCCGGGCCCCAGCGCCGCCCCUGGCGGUCCCCGCCCGUCCCCUGCCGCCCACUCCUCUCCUGGUCGGGUGGGGACCCUUUGCCCCUUAGGAGAGGUGUCGGUCACAGAUGUUUACCUCAGUUUAUGUCGCUGUCGAAGAAAAAUAAAUAGCAAAAAAUUAAUUACACCGUAGACAUGAAGACUUACUUAAAAGAAAAAAAUCUCCCAAAAAAAAGAAAUCCCUCCUCCCCGUGAAGGUACUGUGUGUGUGUGCGCGCGCGGGUGUGUGUGUGUCUGUCUAUCUGUCCCCACCUUGGGCAGGCUGGGUCAUCCCCAACCUCAGUUCUGGCCCCUGUCUGCCCUACAUUCCCCCUGUCCUUCGGUGCUUCCCAGAGGCCCCUCUGAGCUGGCCUGUGGGGUGUGGGGAGCCCCUAGGGCGGGAGGUGGGGCCACAGGUCAACAGGAGGGUCGCCCACCAGGCCCCACUGAGCAGAGCCGCCCAGGCUGCCCGACGCUCCCUGAGCCCUGGCUGUGGCCAGUGGGACAGUCCUGGUGGCCGGCGUCUGGACCUGGGGCAGGGGCCCGGGUGAAAUCCAGCUCUGGAGCCCCAGGCCUUUAUGUCUUGCCACCCCCUCCCCCAUGUGUUUGUAAAUACUCUGGCAUCCUUUGGCCCUGAGAAGGUUUUUAAGUGUGUUAUUUACUUCUCUAAACAUGACAAUUGCUAAAAAAUAAACGAAAGUUUAGAAAAAUUA